GGCCCACGUGGAAGCCUCGAGAUCUUGGUAACACGUGGACGGCUUCGAACCCGGACUCGAGGAUCGCGCCGCCGCCGCCGCCGCCGCACCCGUCGAUCGCGCCGCCGCCCGCGCAUCCCGUGUCCACCCACCCACCGCGCCCGCUCUCUCCGAGUCGUCCGUCCUUCCUGGUUCCUCCAUACUCCGCUGCCUCUCAGGCCCGUGCCCCUCGCGGAAGAAAGCCAACUUCUCUUCGGAAAUGGUGUACUGUUCUCACUGUGAUGAUGAUUGCCCAUAUGUAAAGGAUCCUGACAACGGGUUCACAUGUUGUGGAAUGUGUGGCAAGGUUAUUGAUCAGGAUAUGUAUACUGACGAGCCUACUUUUGUCAAGGACUCCUCGGGACAGAGCCGGCUUAGUGGACACAUUAUAGGCAUUGCGAAGGGCGGUUCACUAUCCCGUGAAAGAACUGAAGAGAAAGGGAGAGACGAGAUCUGGCAGAUUGUCCAUGGCCUGCAUGUGAGUGGUGGAGAUGAUAUCAUUUGCACUGCUCAUAACUUUUAUAAACUAGCUCUUGACAAUAACUUUACUAGGGGCCGACGAACAAGUCAUGUUGCAGCUUCUUGUCUUUACAUUGCUUGCCGGCGAAGUGAAAAACCCUAUCUUCUUAUUGAUUUCUUGGACUAUUUGCAUAUAAGUGUAUAUGUCCUAGGUGCUGUUUUUCUGCAGCUUUGCCAAGUUUUGCUACUCGGAGAACACCCAAUUGUUCAAAAGCUUGUAGAUCUUAGCCUUUUCAUCCACCGUUUUACCGAACGUUUAUUGGGGAAAAGGGACAAUGCUGUCUCGUGCACAGCUUUACGCAUUGUAGCUAGCAUGAAGCGAGACUGGAUGCAGACUGGGAGGAAGCCAAGUGGUUUAUGCGGUGCAACAUUAUAUAUAGCUGCACUUUCUCAUGGAUAUAUGUACACCAAGGCAGAUAUUGUAAGCCCGGAUGCUCCGGAUGGAUCAACUUAUUUGCGAAUUUUGUCCUUAAUGUAAUUCUUUGUAGUUUUGGCAUUUAUUGCGCACAUGCAGCACUAAUAAGAACAUAUAUGAUGUGUCUAUCCUUUUGCUGGUUCCUGUGCAACCGGCGAACAUGGCACACAAUAGCAUGGAAAUUUCUGAAACAUAUUUACAACAUUGAUAGGACAUGCUUCGAAGGAGCAAAUUUCAAAUCAGCAUGGGAUCCACACAUCUGGAAACAAAAGGGAGAAAUCAUGUGAAUAGUAGCUACUAUUACUAGCAUAAUUUGAAAUCAGCUAGUACAGUGCACAUAGCCUUUUUUUUUUUU